GCCAUCCCGCCCUCCGAUGGCGCCACCACCUCAGCAACCUUGCAAACUCUAUGCUGACAUCCUCAUCCUCUUCGUCCUCAUCCUGUUCUCCUCCGCAUCCGCUGUCUCCGGGCUCUCCAUAGGCGUGAACUACGGCACCAUCGCCGACAACCUUCCCCCGCCGCCCCAGGUCGCCGCCUUCCUCAAGGACCACACCAUCAUCGACCGCAUCAAGCUUUACGACGCCAACCCCGACAUCAUCCGCGCAUUCGCUGGCACCCCCAUCUCUGUCACCAUCACCGCCCCCAACGGCGAAAUCCCCUCCUUCGCCAGCUCUCGCGAGGCGGCCGACGCCUGGGUAGCCGCCAACGUGGCCCCGUUCGUCCCCGCCACACGCAUCACCCUCGUCCUCGUCGGAAACGAGAUCCUCAAUACCGGAGACGCUGGCCUCAUGGAACGCCUCGUCCCCGCGAUGGUGUCGCUCUCUGGCGCCCUCUCCGCGGCCGGUUUCCACAGGAUCCGGGUCAGCACACCGCACUCCAUGGGGAUCCUGUCUUCCUCUGACCCACCGUCGUCCGGCAGGUUCAUCAGAGGCUACGACCGGUCGGUCUUUGCCCCGAUGCUGGCCUUCCACCGUAAGACGCGGACUCCCUUCAUGGUGAACCCCUACCCCUACUUCAACUACAACCCGGCGUCGCUCGCCUACACGCAGUUCAGGCCCAACCGGGGAAAGCGCGACCGGGUGACGGGAAUCACGUACACGAACAUGUUCGACGCGCAGCUGGACGCGGUGCACUCGGCCAUGGAGAAGCUGGGCUACGGCGAUGUGGCGAUCGCGGUGGGGGAGACGGGUUGGCCCACGGUGGCGGACAACAACCAGUUCGGGGUAAGCCCGGCGGAUGCCCUGGCUUACAACGGGAACCUGAUAAAGCACGUGAACUCCGGGCGUGGGACGCCGCUGAUGCCGAACCGGACAAUCGAGACGUACAUCUUCGCUCUGUUCAACGAGGACCUGAAGCCCGGGCCACUGGCCGAGCGGAACUUUGGGUUGUUUAAGCCCGACCUCACGCCACUAUACGACUCGGGGGUGAUGCAGACGGGGCCAGGGGGAGAGGCGGGGAGGAGCCAUAGGAAGAGGGGGAGAGGGAGGGGGAGAGCGGGAAGAGGAAGGGGAAACAAGUGGUGCGUGCCGAAGAGCGACGCCGGUGACGCGGCUCUUCAGGCGAACAUAAACUACGUGUGCAGCAGCGGGAAGGUGGACUGCAAACCGAUCCAGGACGGUGGGGCGUGCUUCUCGCCCAACUCCCUGCACUCCCACGCCGCAUACGCCAUGAACGCCUUCUACAAGGCGGCCGGGCAGCACGAGUUCGACUGCGACUUCUCCGGUAGCGCCAUCAUCACCACCACUGAUCCCAGUAAGACGCAUCCAAAACCCUUACCGAUCACAUCACAUUAA